GACAUAUGCUCUAUCUUUCCGGUUGUCAAAUUUCUCACAGCUUGCAGCACAAUUCGAGCGCUGGUGAUUUUUUCAUAGUCAAAGUUUAAAUAAGACUAAUAAAAUACAAAAAUGGCUUUCGGUGAUGUCUCAACCCCACAAGGUCUGAAGGAAUUGGAGAAAUUCCUUGCUGACAACAGCUAUAUUAGCGGAUAUUCACCAAGCAAAGCUGAUCUCUCAGUGUUCGAAGCUUUGGGCAAAGCACCAGCCGGUAGCUUCCCACAUGUGCAACGUUGGUAUCGCCACAUUGCAUCGUUUGAAGCUGCUGAACGUGCCGCCUGGAGUGGCUCUCCACUGCCACAAGUGUCCGGUGCCAAGCCCACAGUUGCUGCUGCACCAGCUGCCGCUGAUGAUGACGAUGAUGUAGAUCUCUUCGGCUCUGAUGAAGAAGAAGAAGAUGCGGAGGCUGCACGCAUACGUGAGGAACGUGUUGCUGCCUAUGCUGCUAAGAAAUCGAAGAAACCCGCGCUUAUUGCCAAGUCAUCAGUAUUGUUGGAUGUCAAGCCAUGGGAUGAUGAGACCGACAUGAAGGAAAUGGAAAAUAACGUACGCUCUAUUGAGAUGGACGGCCUUUUGUGGGGUGCCUCCAAGUUGGUGCCAGUCGGUUAUGGUAUUAACAAACUGCAAAUUAUGUGCGUUAUUGAAGACGACAAAGUGUCUAUCGACUUGCUGACCGAAAAGAUUCAGGAAUUCGAAGACUUCGUACAAUCCGUUGACAUUGCUGCCUUCAACAAGAUCUAAACAAGGCGGUGAACGCUAAAAUUUAAAAUUAAAUUCCUUUUUUUUAACUAAUGAAAUGAAAAUAUAAGAAGCAAAGCACAGCAUA